ACGUGAAUCUAAUAUAGGGGAUGAGGCCUGCAUGAACGACCAAAGCUGUUUCAUGUGCUGGGAGACCUGCUCUAUGCUUUAUAUGGAUUACCAGGUGUGGGGAAUGAUGUGUAAAAUCCCAGAACUUUGUUACGAAGGUUGCCAAGUGUCCUGCCGCUUUCACGAAGAGCACGUGUUCGAGACGCAGCAUCUGCCGACAUCGGACGUCAACAAACUCGCAGUUCAGAUGGAGGACUCCGAUACUGAGCUACUGCUACGGUGGGAGCCGGAGGGAGUGCCUAUAGACAGGUCCGUCGUCUACCAGCUGACGUGGCGCGAAAACGAGCACAGCGACUGGAUGGGAAUCGUACAGACGCGUGAGAUCGAACACCGGCUACAGAAGAUCAACUUCCCCGAGAAGUUUCAGCUGCAGAUCAUGGCCGUCGACUCGAAGGGCAUCCUCUCUGUAACGGGCAGCCAGUACCCAGCAGACGAGCAAGUGCUGCUGCUCGACAUAUCCGUUGCUGUGGCAACGAGGGACGCACGACUCGAUGCCACAGUGACAUGGAAACACAAGACAGAUACGACCGCAACCGGUGACAUAGGAUACUCGAUAGCCUGGAAAAGAACGAGCUGCAACAAAGACAGCGCCUAUCCUGUGUGUGUAGCUGAGGAACAUCAGCCCAAGUUUCUCAUCGUGCCCAGCGAGAAAGAUGUAAGUGCAUGAACAUCGUCUAUGUCA